AUGACGAUUCGCCGCGAAGAGCGUAAUCAUGCACCGAAUCGCCGUCCCUCGAUACUGAAGAAGAAGACUAGCCCACCUUAUAUUCGCAUAGGAUACUUGCCUAGAGUAGUGGAGAUCUUGACGCCCAAAUCCGGGGUCUUGGACGGCAUUUUUGCCACGAUAUGGCGGAAAACGAACGGCAGAUUCGGACCAAGGUCUCAUGCGCCAGCACAUCUGCCACAAUUUGACUUGGUGGAAGAUGCUUCAGCUGGCGCUACUUCCGCUGCUGCGCACGAGCAUGCCACAACUCAUCCAUCGAAGAUCGAAAGUAGCGACACUAUUGCGGCAAGAGAGCGACUAGCUCAGCUCCGCCGAGCCUUGAACGAGUUCAGACUUCAAUACGACUUACUGAUAUCAGACAAGUCAUUGAGCGAAGACUAUCGUAAGCAGAAAUCUGACUAUUUAUCAUCCGCUAUCGAGAAAGUGGUUCUGCGACUUAGCACUGAUCGGAUCGUUCUUCAUCUUGAAGCGGACGACAGUCUGCGUGAUGAGAAGCAGCAAUUCUCUCGAGAUGCUCAUGUGCUACUUUCCAGACUAAUGGUGGUUGCGAUACCUACGAUCUCAACGAAGAACGUCGAGGCUCGGUCUGCUGCUCCUCCGCAGCAGUCAGCUUUGCGGUCGUCACAUUCGAUUCCAGGCCGAUAUCCUGUACUCCCUCAUCAGGACGAUCAGGACUUGUACACAUCUUCCGUCCCGCAGUCGCCUGCACAUGUUCCAGUCAAUGAACUUCAUUCGAAUCCUCUGGGACUCAGAGGGUAUGAGACUUUAGACAGGUAUAGGACUGAUACAACCACUGGCUGGCGCACAACUCUUCGUAACCUUGUGACUCAAAGAGCGAAGGUACUGAAUGAGGGUGAAAGGAAGAAGCCGAAACAAAUACUGCCGCCUAGCUAUCAGAUGCAUACAGCAGUAGUCGCAAAUACACCUGGAGCCUGGCCAUCAUGGACGGAAUUGCAACCCGCGACUCCUAUGCAAGUCACUCCUACUGGCCUUUCUGCCGAUGCUAGGCUGGUAUUUAGUCCGCUAGUCCACCAAGUUCGAAUCAUCCUGCAGAAUGCGUUGGGUAUGAGCUGGGAGGCGAUACCUGAGCAUGCAGACCUCGCAGACCUUGGGCUCACACUACGAGACAAGGUGCAGGUUCUCGAGCACUUGCGUGCUGCAACUAAGCCAAGUCUGCCAGAUACUCUAUUGAUCAUGCAACGCACUCGAGCUUCCAUCGAAGCAGCCGUGGAGAAAAGUGCCGAAGUCCAGGCCCUGCCCGAAGUCACCACUGAGAUGAUCAGGCCAGCAAGCCAGACUGUGAUGGAGUUCCUGCAAUCUCUUGUGGAGCAACACGAAGUCUUGAUGAGCUUCAAUGACGAAGUUGCCUGUACCCUGGACACCUACCAGGCCCUUCCAGACAUUCAAGUGCAAGACAAACUGGCCAGCAUCAACGAUAGCUAUAUCACCCGCCUGCACAGCCAUCUCCAAGCUCUGGAUCUUGAGGGCCUGCAAGCUAGUCUCUCCACCCGCAAAGCCCUCGAGUCGCUUGAAGACACCAUGCAGUACUUUCAUCAAUUCAAGAUGGCGCAUGAGACCCGUGCAAAAGCUUCAGCAGGCUUGUCACUGUCGCUCAGAUGUAGUCGGGAUCUGGCAUUCGAAGAGAUUCGUCGCACAGUAUGGGAGUCGGUAAGAGCCAUGUCGCAGACGCACACAGAUAUCAGGAUCCGUGAAUUGGCGGGGAUGAGCCUCGAGCAGGUAGAUGUCUAUGUGUAUAACGAGCGUCAGAAUCUGGAAGCGGAGACGAAGAGAUUAGAAGGCCUAGCUCUUAAUGCGAGAGGGAGAGGCGAACGAGCAAGACGAAGCGACGAGCAAGAUACAGAUGAGGAACACUUAGAGACUGCACGACGUGCGAGACAAGCAGCGCGACAACAGCGUAGUGGUCGAGGCGGCGCUCGAGAAAAUGGCAACACUCAGGGAGUUUCUCGGUCUGCACCAGAGCAAGCACAGUCGAGAGUACGAUCAGUGCUGGAAUACCGUGAUCGUCCUGCCAGCAGUCGGAGCUCACCUAUCAACUUCGGGUCUGAUGACGAAGACCAUGACCGAAACCAACCGGAUUCGGAUGGUGAGCAGACGGAAGAGCCCACGAUCCACCCGGACAGACAAGCACUUCUUGCGUCCUCAUCAGCACAGAAUACACUUACAUUCCGAUCAUGGCAGCAAAACAUUAUCACGGCGGACGAGAAAGAGCAAGAACGUCGUCGUGCAGAGCAAGCAGGGAGUGAGGCUUUUGACGAGGCACGACAACGUGGUAAUGGCGCUAGCACCCGUGGAGGACGCGGAAGAGGAGCACGAGCACGUGCUGAGCCGAGUGGCCGUGGUCGCGGUCGUGGUCGUGGCCGUGGCAGCGGGGAUGGAGUGAUGCCGUAA